AGCACAUUAUGGAUUUUAUUUAUCAUUUGCUGCAUUAAAAUCAUGAUCAUGAUGGGAUGAAAAGAAAACACUGAAGUACUGAAGCUGGUUUUAGUUCAGGCACUUUUUUGGAAAGCGCGCCAAACAGUCGCCAGUUUGAAAUCCGGAUAAACAGCGCGUGUAUUAGAAACAUCGUUACUGCAGACAUGUCGCAGAACGAUGCGAUGCAUCACGAUGACCUUGAGAAAUCAGGGGAAGCGCUGAUUGAGUUCAUCAAGAGCAGUAAAGCAGAAAGCGUUCUUCGAGGAGUACAAGAGAAGCUGCAGGAGUUCUUUGACCACCACAUCAAGACCAAGAAGACAACAACCGAGCUCUUAAAUGAUCUUGUACAUGCAGAAGAAGUGGUCGGCCAGAAGCUUCUGGAUUUAGAGCGGCAGAAGAGCCAAAUGGCCCAAGAGAUCAAGAUGAUUGAGCAGGAAGUACAGCGGAGCCUGUCCAAAAGCCAAAUCUUGGACUCAGAGCAGGAAUUCUUGCAGAAAGAGUUGGAAAGACUUAGAGAUACUGAGCAAGAAAUUCAAACUCUGCAGCAGGAAGUGGAUGAGGACACAACUGAGGUCAUUCCUUCAGCCAUAUACAUCGCUCAGCUCUACUUUAAAGUCACCAAGAUAAAGCUGGAGGUGGACACAGAGCCGCACAUAUUGAGAGGAGCUCACUACGGCGCCGAUGUGGUAACCCCCGUUAACAUAGACACAUCCACCCGCUCACCCUGUGAGAUCAGCGAUGACCUGUGGAGCCUGGUUAAUACCGAAUGGUAGACCAGAUGCACAUGAACAGUGUUUGCUAAAUUACUGUUUGUUUUUAUGCCUGUAUAUAUGUGUAUGUGUCUUUAGAUUCUGUUAAUAAAUUUGCCUCAGUUGCCCCCUUUGCAACACACACCACAAGAUGUCACUAUGCGUUCACGAAGUACCCUCGCAGGCUGAAAAUGCCCUUUUUGCAUUACUAGAACAGCAUUUUGUGAGUGUUGUUUAAAAGGCUCAUCUUCCACAGAGAAGGGAAUUUCCGAUGAAAUUUAAAAUAAAUUUUUGCAAAUGUAAUGCAGUUAAGUAUACUUUUAAUACGUUUUGAAUACUACUUUAGAGAGAGGUUUUUGAAAAGUAUUACAAAGAAGAAAUAUAAAAAGGACAUCCAACAUUUUUUUAAAAUAUAGAGAUGGGUUGUAACUUGCUUUAACAUGAGAGUGAGUUUCUCUUUCAGUACGAACAGGCGUUUUGUUUGUUCACACGGCUUUUUUGUUUCAGUCUUUAUGUGCAAA